CGUCUCGCCCAGAAAAUGGCGGCCUCCAGGUGGCUGCUGUUGGCGGUGGCUUUUCUCUGCGCCUCCGACUUGCUGCCGUGCCUGGUCGAGGCGGGCGAGGACACGAAGGCCACAGCCAAGCCUCCCCCUCGGAAGAAGAAGGACAUUCGCGAUUACAACGAUGCGGACAUGGCGCGGCUGUUGGAACAGUGGGAGAAAGAUGAUGAUAUAGAAGAAGGGGACCUUCCUGAACAUAAAAGACCUUCAGCACCAAUAGAUUUCUCUCAAUUUGAUCCAGGCAAACCAGAGAGCAUAUUGAAAAUGACAAAAAAGGGAAAAACCCUUAUGAUGUUUGCAACAGUAUCAGGAAAUCCCACAGAAAAGGAGACUGAAGAAAUAACCAGCUUAUGGCAGGGGAGUCUUUUUAAUGCCAACUAUGAUGUACAAAGGUUUAUUGUUGGGUCAGAUCGUGCUAUCUUUAUGCUCCGAGAUGGGAGCUAUGCUUGGGAGAUCAAAGACUUUUUGAUAAGCCAAGAGAGAUGUGCUGAUGUAACUUUGGAGGGGCAGGUAUACCCUGGCAAAGGAGGAAGUAAAGACAAAAAUAAAACAAAGCCAGAAAAAAAGAAAAAGGAGGGAGAUAAGAAAACUAGUUCCUUUAAAGAAGAUAAUCGAACCUCAAGGCAGAGAGGUGAACUAUGACAAACACAUUAAUGGAACUUUGAGAGGAACAAUUAGGAAGACAUAAGUAUUUCUGCAGUAACUUUUGAAGGUGGGGAAUCAUAAACAAUACAGCUUACAUUUAUUUCUGUGAAAUUCUCAGUGGGUCAGCAAAGAUUUUGAUGUUUAAAGACUUCAGUGUAAAGGUGGAAGUUUACUUAUUAAAUUUGAGUAGUUUUUAGUCACAGGAAAGUUAAUAUAAUAUCGCUUUAAAUUGUGACACAUUUACAUUCCUUUUACCUGUUUAAAAUUGAUAAGUCACUGGUUCACUGUGGACUUUCCCUCUUUAUAGACAAGUGAAGGCCAGGUCAUCACUCUGUUAAGUAUUACUUUGCUUGCUCUAAAAUUACUACUGGAAAUCCAUCAGGCCAAUUCUUCUUUGCGGUUAGGAAAAAGGGUUUGUUACAAGGUUAUGUUUGCAUGAGCCAUUAAAACUUUAUUAACUUAAUUGAGUGAAAUUCUUAAUGUUAGAUAGCCCUUUCUUUUAUUAUAUUGCUUAGAGACUAUUGAGAUUAAGAAGUGUUAUAUAAGGAAUCCAUUAUCAAAAUGCUGUGGCUUGGUCUUGACUUACAUUCUUGGGAACUAAGUGAUUCUGGGAUUCCCGGAAAGUUUAAUACAGGAGAGUGAAGGUUUAUGUUUGUUAAAAGAUUCCAGGAGAAUUGCAUGUAUACUACUACUGAUUUGUUAGAAGAGGGAGAAAAAAUGGUAAAGCCUUGAAGUUUCUGGGCAAAGUAUAGGAAAGGUUUUUCUCAACUUUGUUUAAUUUUUGCUUUUCUUUUUUUUUCAAGAGUUGAUAGUCUAGGGUCAGUAUUGUCUGGACUGCCAACAUUCAUUCAUAUGCUUCUCUUGUUUCCUCAGCAUUUAGAAAGUAAGUUUAAAGAUUUGUCAUAAUAGUUAAUGAGCAUUCAUAUUUCUACAAAGUUGGGCAGCUUUUUAAAAGCCUGUAAAUAUUCUUGAACAGCAAAGUCUAUUCCUGGAUUCAGCACAGUAUUGGAUUAUUUCAUUUGUUACUAAAAUGUUUGAUUUUUAAAAGUGCCUAAUUCUUUUUUGGUGGUUUUUGUUUUGUAUGGUACUUACAUGGUACUUUAUUUGUUAUUGACUGGUUUUGCUGUUGAUACCUGCUCAUGAAUGAGUUGUGAAAUUUAUAUACA